AUGGGCCAGGCUAGGGCUUACCUCCUAGCCUCCCUAGCGGCGUUCUACCUCAUCACCUUAGCCACCCCACAGGUCACCGCCUACAUCACAGAUGAACUUGAGACCAUGUGGGGCAGCUCCAGAGUUGUCGACGACAGUAUCGCUCUGAGCCUCCACCGCGGGAUGACCUCCGCAUUCCGCUCGAAAAAAACCUAUCUCUUCGGGAGGAUUGACAUUGAUAUCAAGCUCGUUCCCGGGAACUCAGCCGGCACCGUGACCACAUUUUAUACGAUGACAGAGGGAUCAUGGAAUUUCCAUAAUGAAAUCGACAUUGAAUUCUUGGGGAACUCCAGCGGUGACCCCUACACCAUGCACACCAACCUGUACGCCAGAGGGAAAGGCAGCAGGGAGAAGGGGUACCGGCUUCCGUUUGAUCCCACCCAGGACUUCCACACCUACAGCAUCAUUUGGAGUCAGCAAUCCAUCCAAAUCCUUGCUGAUAACAAGCUGCUCCGGCAUAUCAAGAACAAGGAGAGUACUGGUGGUGCCCCCUAUCCAAACUUUCAACCAAUGAGGGUGUACUGCACCAUCUGGGAUGCCGACGACUGGGCGACGCAGGGCGGGCGGGUCAAGACCGACUGGUCACUAGCGCCAUUCACAGCGUACUUCCGGAACUUCAAGGCCACCUCCUGCUCUCCAAACCAGGGCUCCAAGAUGUGCGGCCAGGAGCUGGACGACGCGCAGAAACAGCAAGUGCAGGAGGUGGAUGCCAACAGCAAGAUCUAUGAUUACUGCGCUGACCCAAAGAGGAGGAUUGGGUCCACCGAGGAGUGCAAGUCACAGUAG